AUGUCAUCAAUUUGAGACUAAAUACAGUCACUGCCAUGGCACAAAAAUCAAAGUUACAGACGAAAAUGGCUAUAAAUCGUCACAGUGACUAUCCCAUCAAGGCCUUUCCUCGAUAUCUACAAUCCCUAACAAUAGACAAUACGCAAUUGGUUAAAUUGAGCUAUCAUAUAUGCUCCUUACGGAAUCUAACCCACCUGGAUGUAUCCAACAAUAAGUUGCGUAAGUUACCUGUUGAACUGGGGAGAUUACACUUGAGCAAGCUCGUCCUCCAUGACAAUAAUCUGGGUGAAAUGGACGAUUGGUCAUUUCUAAAUGGCAGCAAAUUACGAGACUCCCUGCGCGAAUUGGAUUUAUCGGCCAACGAUUUGACAUGUUUGCCUUUGCCUGUGGUCAAGUGCCACGAAUUGGUUAACUUGAAUCUCAAUUACAAUAAUUUGACUCAUCUACCCUUUGCCAUACGUCGCCUGAGAAGAUUACGCUCGCUUUACGUAUCGGAAAACAAAUUAAAAUCCCUGCCAGCUGCCAUAGAUGAUUUACGUAUUGAAUCUGGAUGUUUGGCGUAA